AUGCCCGUUCAGUAUCUCGAGAUGGAUCUCUUUAUAUACAACGCCACAUACCAGAUAUGGAUCUGCUCCUAUGUGUCGCGAUCGUUAGCGACACUGCGCAAGCAUCUGGAACGCAUACAUCCGGAGACCCGACGACCGCGUGGCCGUGCUUUCAAAGCCAAGCCUGAUAUUGCUGCCACUGCAGAAUCAGUGAGCUGUCAGCGAUUCUUUGUAUAUGGUCCAGAGAGCAGCUUUUUCAUUGUGAUCCCACCGUCUCCAAUCAGGCAACAACGGCUAGCUGGUACAAUGUCUGAGGCCGAGUUCAUUCAGGCCCAGGUGAACCGGGAUAUCGAGGAAAGGUUGGCGCACGAGGCAGAACAAGGGCAACAGAUCACCAGCCAGAGGCAUGCUACUGAGGUGUCGCUAUAG